AUGGGAAAAAUCUCUUAUUAUGUAAUCCAAUAUGAGAAUAACAGUACAACAAUUAAUAACACUGCUGAAAGCACCAUAAUUAACAUAACUGAUCUGACUCCUGGAGUGCAGUACACGUUUCAAGUGUUUGCAGUUGUAGGAGAUAAAAAAAAAGAGGGAAACUACAGCUGCAUAUCUGCCUACACAAAGCCUGAUGUUGCACGUGACCUCAGUGUGACUGAAAUUACAACAAGCUCAUUGUUUCUGAACUGGACUGAACCAAUAGGAAAAAGAUCUUUCUUUAAAGUACAGUGGAGCAAUGAGAGCAUCACUUUUAAUUCAAUAACCUCCAACACUUUCUUUAACUUUACUGAUCUCAAUCCUGGAGUCAGUUACACCUUCCUCAUAUCUGCUGUUGCUGCAGAUAAAAUAACAGAAGGAAAAAUAAUUUAUUGUUCAGCUUAUACAAAGCCUGACAUUGUUAACAAUCUUACAGUAGUUAAUGUUACAACCUCCUCUAUAUUACUGUCCUGGACUCAGUCAAUGGGAAAAAUCUCUUAUUAUGUAAUCCAAUAUGAGAAAAUCCAGUAUGAGAAAACAAUUAAUAACACUGGUAAAAUCCCCAUGAUUAACAUAACUGAUCUGACUCCUGGAGUGCAGUACACGUUGAGAGUGUUUGCAGUUGCUGGAGAUAAUAAAACAAAAGGAAAUUCCAGCUGCAUAUCUGCCUACACAAAGCCUGAUGUUGCACGUGACCUCAAUGUGACUGAAAUUACAACAAGCUCGUUGUUUCUGAACUGGACUGAACCAAUAGGAAAAAGAUCUUUCUUUAUUGUACAGUGGAGCAAUGGCAACAUCACUUUGAAUUCAACAACCUCAAACACUUCCUUUAACAUUACUGAUCUCAAUCCUGGAGUCAGUUACACCUUCCUCAUAUCUGCUGUUGCUGCAGAUAAUAUAAAAGAAGGAAAAACGAUUGGUCUUUCUGCUUAUACAAGAGCCGGCAGGAAGAAGAAAAGAGCUAAAGGAGCAGGACCCAAGUGCAGAUUACAGCGCCAAAAAGGGGGCGUGGCACGUCGGCGGUCGAGCACUUCCGUGUUUCGGGGGGAAUUCGAUGACGUAAUACAGGGUUGUAAAAACAGGUCGAAAAACCAGAAAGAUCCGUCCGCGGAGCGUGAAUCAAAAGGGAGCGAGCAGAGACGUUGUCGUGAGCCAGUGCGAGAGUUCAAAGCCAAUGAGUCAGUCAGAGAGGCAAAAAUCCGAAAGGGGAGCGAGCAGAGACGUAACCGUGAACUGAAGCGAAAGGUCAAAAACAGCCGGGAAACACACAGCGAACGAGAUUCAAAAAACGAGAGACUAGAAGCGAAAACCGAGAACAAGCGAGGUCGAAGACGGAGAUAA